GGAAGUAGUUCCGGUGGUUUAGCAGCCGAGCGGAGCACGGAGACCCGGGAUCUUCGUGUUGUUGAGCGCAAAUGCGAAUGUCGAGUCCGCCUGUCAUGACUGUCGAGUGACCACAGCAGCGGUCAGUUUGACGCCUGCAGAGCACCGUGCAUGCAGCCAAAGUGACAGCGUAAAGGCACCGCUGGAGCUUUUGUCUUCGAGGGGAAUUUUCAAGUGCAGAACAGGCGUCUGGAGCUUCUGAACACACUGAGUACAAAAAACUGAGCCGGUUCAUAUUAACCUACGACGCAGCGGCCAUUGCAGUGGCUAAAUGAAGAACUUGUGAACAUGCACGAGGGAAGGACUCUACCUUUCACUUUGGUGACUUCCCCGGAUGCUUUGUCCCAAAGAAAGAUGGAGAGGAAUGGGAAGAACUUGAGCCAAGGCUGCUGCACAGCACCCAUUCAGUGAGCCAACAGGAGAUCCUCUAUACGCCACGUCGCUGAGCCUCUCACCUUUCCCUUUUGACCCCUCGACCUACAAGCACCAUGACCUCUGAGCUGGAGAGUAGCCUGACCUCAAUGGACUGGCUCCCCCAGCUCAGCAUGAGGGCAGCCAUCCAGAAGGCAGAUGCGGGACACCACCACGGCCACCACCAUGGACAGCACCACCACGGUCACCAUCAUGGGCACGGGCCGGGCAAAAAAAUCGCCCAUCUGGACCCAGGAACAACGCUGGACCAGGAGGAAGCGGCACAGCACAGAGAUGGUAAACCGCCCUACAGCUACGCCAGCCUAAUCACCUUUGCCAUCAACGGCUCGCCACGCAAACGGAUGACCCUCAGUGAGAUCUACCAGUGGAUCUGUGACAACUUCCCCUACUACCGAGAGGCCGGCAGCGGCUGGAAGAAUUCUAUACGACACAACCUGUCCUUGAACAAGUGUUUUCUCAAAGUGCCUCGCUCCAAAGACGACCCUGGAAAAGGUUCCUACUGGGCCAUAGACACCAAUCCUAAAGAAGACACAGUACCCAGCAGGCCUAAGAAGAGACCACGCUCUGGAGAAAGGCCUUCUCCUCUCCAGGGAACUCAGGCAGGCGUGGAGCGGCAAAGUGCACAAUCACAGUUGCUCAUUGGAGGAAGAAUUGAGGCAUCAACGCCUUACAGCCUGGAGUCAGAGUCUCUGAGAAUGGACUGCAUUAUGUCAGGAGGGGCGUCUCCCACUCUGGCCAUCAAUGCUGUAACCAACAAGGUAGCGUUGUACAACCCCGAGGCAGAAGGCAGUGAGAGUCCUGGGAGUCUGGGCAGCAGCCUGAGCAACAGUCUUUCAGAGCAGAAUUUGGUGUCUGUCAACCUUAACAACCUGAACACCGCUGUCAGCAGCGGCAACAACGUACACAGCUACACACCAGUGAGUAGCCACUCAGAGCCUUCGUCCCAGUCUCUGAGCCUUCAGCAGCCCGCCCAGCCGCCGCCCCCGCCUCCACCUCCUCCCUCACAGCCCCAGUACGGUUUGCCCGUCCCAGAGUCGCGGGACAAGCAGCUCUGUUUCUCUGACUUUGAGGACCUCAGCGCUUCUUUCCGCAGUCUUUACAAGUGCGUCUUUGAGCAGUCCUUCCAGCAAGGUUUGAUGGGUAUGCCCGGUGAUUCCAGCCAGCAGUCCCGGACUGCCUGCUCCUACCAGCAUUCUCCUGGUGCGGGAAGCGGCGGCGGAGGCGGCGGUCACCACCACCAACACAACCACGGUCAGGCAUCACACCACCCCCACCACCCUCAGCAGCACCUCUCACCUCACUCCACUCACAGCCAGCACCAGGCGCACGGUCAGCAUGGCCAGCACCCUGCUCAUUCCCAGCAGCACCCGUCUCUCUCCCACCAGAGUCACACUGGACAGACCUGCCCCACAACAGUGAUGUCAUCAGACUGGUACCCCAACCUGGACUGGCUGAAGGAGAGCUGCCGCAUCGCUACCAGCUACAACUGGGCUGACGUAGACCUCUCCCCAUUUCAAGGUCUAAAGGAGAGCAUGCGGCAGGCUGAGCUCAACAACUGGUCGCUGGACCCCGCCCAAAUGGCCGACCUGUGUUCCUCCAUUAACCAGUUCUUCACGGCCACGGGGGUCAUCCCCCCUCAGGGCGCUGCCCACCCACAACCUCAGGUCCAACACCCGACACCACCAGGAGCACCGCAGCACCCGGCUCAGCCGCACGGGGCGAUGCACCCAAAGGCCAGCCAGCACAAUCAGCACGGGCAACACAACCAACAUAACCAACACAUCAGCACGGGGAACAUGUACAUGGAUUCGAGACAGAGCAUUUCCUCUCUGAUGGGCCCACCAGGAUACCCCCACAUGCCUCCCAUAAGUAACACGGCUCCCACCAUGACAGGUGACUCCUCCAUCGCUCUCUUAACAGGCCAUCUCAGCCAGCUGAGCCAGCAGCAGCAGCAGCAACACAGGUUGCCUCUGGGACACUUCCAGGUGAGACGCAUGCUCACUGCAGACGACAUCCAGGACGACUUUGACUGGGACUCCAUCGUCUAAACCGAGCUGUUGGUGGAACAGAGACACUGGAAAUGAGAAAGUGACAUGUGAUGACAGGUGAGGUAUGGAACUGGCUGACCUGCCCCUUUCACCUGUGCGAAAAAACAGAAGACAAUCCAAUAGAAAACAAACGGAAAGUAAUUUUUCUGAUCUUGCUGGCCUUUUUUUUUUCUGGUACAAGUGGAUAAUGAGUCUAAAGACAAUCAUUAAGAAAAUGAGACUUACACAGGAAUGGACCAAGCCAAGAUGUAAACACACAUCGUCCAAAGCAAAAGGACGUAUGAAGCUCUCUGAAUUGUCUCAUGUUGUGUCCCCCAGUGCCAACAGGGUUACAAGUCGCCAAAGUGUUGUCAAAUCGUCAGUGAAUUGUUUUCUUUGUGUUUCCUGCAACAACUUGUGUCCCAUGUCUGUAAAGUUUCAGCACCUGUGCCUGAAAUGAAUAGAAACAUUGUCUUUUCCAAACUCCCUGCAGAAAAUCAUUUAAUCAUUCACACACAUUCAGCAGGUCUAACCAUUUCAUCCUUUCCUCCUUGUAACAUUUCUUUGUUCACUCUAAUAGUGGGCAUCUGUGUGGCUGUCUUUACAACUACAGUUAGAAGGAGGAUUUUUGAAGAAGAAAAUAAUUAUGGUGUACCUGUUCAACUGGAAUCAGUAAUGGUUGAGUGGAGCACCACCUGCUGGUUAAAAUAGGUUAUAUAGCUUCCUUUGCCUAAAAAUGUUCUAUGCACCACUUCCUUUAUCUUUGUUCUGUCACAUUGGACACCUAUUCUAAACUUUUUCAGUUUAUUUGAUCAUUUAAAAUGUAAUUAUUGUGUUUGUGGAACAAUCCAUGGUGCCAUGUUCUCAGGGUGUUACAUUCAUCUACCAUGUCAGACCAAUACAAAGCCAUUUACAUCUCUGUAUGUGAGGUUACUGCGUAUUGUACAGUGCUGUCAGUGUUCACUUCCUGUUGGCGAACAGCGAGCCUCCCGGUGACUGUGGUCAAAAAGUUGAAAAUCUUCAUUUGUCAGCUUAUAAGCUAACUGAUAAAAAAUACUGUGGAAUAAGCUUUUCAGUAGCUCAAACAUCAGCCACUAAUUAAAAUUAAAAUGAGACGAUGGCUAGACUUGGACUUUGUCAACAGUAAUACAUAGUUUUCUGAGGUAUAAUUAAGUUUUUCAAGGUUUUGUAAUUUUGGGAAAGUGCAUAUCAAUUAUGACCAGGCAAUGAAGGUCGGUCCGUGAUUUCACAAUGCCUCAUUUAGGAGACGACGAGCAGUUUUUGCACAACACCAAACUUGAUAGUAUCUGGUGAAUGAGAGAAAUAAAAGAAAACAGUGAACCUUUUAUUUCUUUGUUUCAAAAGACAUUUAAAAAAAAAUAUCAACAAAGGAGCAAAAACUAAACAAAAGCUUCAAAUGCUCAACGUUUUUUACUGUGAUGUUUAAUUUUGUCUGUGUGUACAAGUGUGUAUAGUCCUCUCUGAUUUCCUUUUAGCAUACAGCUCCGUACAGCUCAAAAAAUAACACAUAAGAAACAAGUAAUUUGUUUGUAUUAAGUGGGUGCACAGUGAAAUAUGGGACCUUAAAGUGCUCUUUGGUUUGGAAGAUCUCAGUGAUUGUUUGAAUGGUCAAAACAAGGUCUCAUUGUAGAAAAAAAAAGAAAAAUUCUCUUUAUUAUUGCCAUUAAAUGCUGUAUUACAGUGACCAGCAUAUAUAUCUUAUAUGUUUGUGUGUUGGUGUCCUUGUAAAUAACAGUAUGUUAAUUUUUUGUUUGCCCUUGAAAAACACAGACUGAUAAAAAGAAAACAGCAAAUGGAGAGAAAGUAUUUUGUUAUUUGUCCUUCAGGAGACAUAGUAUGUACAUACCUUCAGUAUAUUGUAAAUAAGUGAAAAAAAAAAUUGGCAUUGGCGUUUUGUGUGUCAUAAAUAAUCUGUGUAUGGCGGUUCAACAGUUAAAAUCUGUUUCAGUGUUUAUUAAAAUGUUAUUGACCAUUUUUACUGCGCUAA